GGCCAAGGCCCAGCGAGCCCGGGGUAUAAAGGAGGCCCCAGGUGCACGCGGCACGGGGCGCCACCGUCACCAUGGAGCCGUCUGCGAUGCCGCUAUUGCUGCUUCUGCUGCUGCUCCCCGCGCAGAAGGCGCAGGGGUCACCACGCGCUCCUGAGACGCGCGACCAGCUCUGCGGCCGCCACCUCCUGCGCGCGCUGGUGCGCGUGUGCGGGGGCCCGCGCUGGUCCCGCGAGGCUGCAGAGCCCGCGACCGGAGGCGAGCGUGAACACCUGCGACAUCUCCCCUGGCUGGUGGCAGACGGGGACCCUGCGCUGGGCCCUGACCUGCAGCUGCUGUCCCCGACUUUGCAGCAGGAUCGUCGCAGCCGCCGGGAGGCACAGGCCCCCAGCCCCGCGCAGCACUGCUGCCUCUCCGGCUGCUCCCACCAAGACCUGCUGAGCCUCUGUCCCCGCUGACGCCUCCCUGGGCGCGGCCUCAGGGCUGGGGAGCCCCUGGAGGCCGUUGUCGCCUCUUGGGCACUGGGCACUAGCACGACUCUGCCCUCCUGCCACUUGGAAUUCCCCCCACCC